GUCUUAUAUAUUUGAUUGGAUAUUUCUUCUCCUCUGUCGCUGUACCCUAGUAGAAUGGAAAGUUGAUACAUUAUCAACGUCCUUCACCAACGAAUCGGAGAAGAAGAAUUCUGUAAGGUUGUCACACUCGGAUUCAUUACCACUUCCGCUUCACUCACAGGGAUUUGAGAAUGGCAGAGGAAAGCGAGGAGGUCCUCCAAACAUUUGAAGAGUUGCGGAUAUGUGACGAAUUGGCUGAGUCUUGUGAUAAAUUGGGUUGGAAAAACCCUUCGACGAUACAGGCUGAAGCAAUUCCUCAUGCACUUGAUGGUAAGGACCUAAUUGGACUUGCACAAACGGGUUCUGGUAAAAAUGGAGCCUUUGUCCUUCCCAUAUUGCAAGCUCUUUUAGAGAAUCCACAAUCAUUCUUUGCUUGCGUGCUCUGUCCAACAAGGGAGCUUACAUUUCAGAUUUUUGACCAGUUUGAAGCAAUAGGAUCAGAAAUUGGUGUUAAGUGUGUGUUGCUUCUUGGAGGAGGGAGCUUUAGGCAAGACUCUAUCAAUCUUGCAAAGCAGCCACAUAUCAUUGUUGGGACACCUGGUCGCCUGAUGGAUCAUUUAAACAGAAAAAGUUUUCCUUUUCGUAUGCUGAAAUUUCUGGUUUUGGAUGAGGCAGAUAGGUUGAUGUCCGAAGGCUAUGAAGAAACACUUUAUGAAAUUCUCAAGGUUAUCCCUUGUGAUCGGACAUAUUUAUUUUCUGCUACCAUGACCAAAAAGAUGAAGAAGCUGCGAAGGGCUCGUCUAAGGAGUCCUGUGAAGGUGAAAAAGUACACUUCACGUCCUAAAUUUGUCAUCAAUAAUACUUCUCCCGACUUGGAGUGAAAAGAAUUAUUGGUUUGCUCAACGGUAGUAAUUAAAUUUAAUUUCAAUUUUAAUUUGGAAAUAGGAAUUCAAUUUCAGCUCUCAAUCAGAAUCAGCAUUUUAGUUUUAAGGAUUAUUAGGUUGCACAUAAUUUUCUUAUAAUUUUUUGGAAUUUUUUCAGUUUUAACCAAAAAAAGUAAUUAUAUUACAAAAA